CCGUUUUCUUUCGUAAAAAAAAGGGGGGGAGUAGGUACGUAUACUAUGCUCGUAUACUCCCAAACUUCAAAAAACUUCUGCAAAUCGUCAAGAAUAGGCAAACGACAAUCUUAAUAUUCGUCUAAACGCUAGCAACAUAUCCAGACGAUCAUGAACAUACACUACAAGAAAACCUGUGAUUGGCGACUGCACUUUGCGACUAAUAGCGUAGUCGCCAAAUUUAACAACUAUCUUCCGACUUUUUGGCGACUGCUUUGCAACUGCGCAUAUUCAGUCGUUAUUUAGUCGCUUAUUAGGGACCAUGAGAAUUCGUCGCAAGACAGUCGUAAAAUAACGACUAAUUAGCGACUGUUAUGGGGUCGGUAACCGUUCGUUGCAGAUCAGUCGUAACAUCUGCGACUAUUUGACGACUAAUACAUGUGGUCAUAACGCAGUCGCUAAUCAGUCUUAAAUUCUGCGACUAUUUUGCGACUGAUAUAUGUGGUCAUAACUCAGUUGCGAAUCAGUCGCUAAAAACCGGUACAACACGUGAUUUACAUUUUUUUUGCAAGUGUACCUAAUUUUUGUCAGGCAGUCGGUAAUUGGUCGCGGAUUGGUCGGACAUUUUCUAUAUAUAUACAUGCUUUAGCCCAUUUUCUUCUCCUCACUCGUAGAAAAUCACUACAAGAAAAAAAAAUCAAAAAUUCUAGGAAAACUAAAGUUAGAAAACGAAAGUUUUAUGUUGUACAAUGUCUGGAAAUUACAAUUAUUCAAAUUUUCGUGAGUGGAUGUACAAGAGGAUCGAUGAAGAUACGGGGAAAUUGUCAGAAGAGUUCAUAGCGGGGGUGGAUCAAUUUAUGACAUUUGCGAGCAGUCAGCCUCUAGCACAGAGCAAUAGCGGUAAGUUUUUCUGCCCAUGUAGUGUUUGUCGGAACGAUAAAUUUCUUCCGGGACCAAAAAUUUGGAAACAUAUAUAUAAUAGAGGAUUUAUGCCAGACUAUUAUGUAUGGUAUAAGCAUGGAGAAGAAAUUGAUAUGGAAUUAGGAACAAGUUAUGUUGACCCGACACAUUUAAGUGGUAGUGAAAAAGUAAGUAAUGAAGAUAAUAAUUAUGUUGAUAUGGUGAAUGAUGCAUUUCGGGAUAAUGUGAGUUUUGAUAACUAUCAACAAGAUGAUAGUUAUCAAAAUGUAGUAGACCCACAACACAACCAUUCGAAGAAGUUCUACGAUUUGUUAGAAGGAGCACAAAAUUGUUUGUAUGAUGGUUGUCGUGAAGGGCAGUCGCAGUUAUCCUUAGCUGCUCGGGUCUUGCAAAACAAGGCAGAUUAUAAUCUGAGUGAAAAGUGUGUAGAUUCAGUAUGUCAAAUGUUGACAGACUAUUUACCAGAAGGAAACACGGCAACCGAAUCACACUACGAGACCGAAAAGUUGAUGCGGAAUUUAGGGCUCCCAUAUUAUACAAUUGAUGUUUGUGUUAACAAUUGUAUGAUCUUCUGGAAAGAAGAUGAAAGAUGGGAAAAGUGUCAAUUUUGUGGUGCGGACAGAAGGAAGCCUAAGGACAAAAGACGUAGAACCAAGGUACCAUAUAGUCGUAUGUGGUAUCUACCUAUAGCUGAUAGGCUGAAGAGAAUGUAUCAGAGCAAGAAGACAGCAGCGGCAAUGAGAUGGCAUGCUGAGCACCAAUCAAAAGAGGGAGAAAUGUGUCAUCCAUCUGAUGCGGCAGAAUGGAAACAUUUUCAAGAGAUGCAUCCCCAGUUUGCCGAAGAACCUCGCAACGUUUAUCUUGGAUUAUGUACAGAUGGAUUCAAUCCAUUUGGGAUGUCUCGUAAUCAUUCGUUGUGGCCUGUGAUCUUAACUCCAUAUAAUCUACCCCCUGAUAUGUGCAUGAAUACAGAGUAUUUGUUUCUUACAAUUCUGAAUUCUGGGCCAAAUCAUCCACGAGCUAGUCUUGAUAUCUUCCUCAAACCUUUGAUUGCGGAGUUAAAAGAAUUGUGGUCAACUGGAGUCGAAGCAUAUGAUGUGUCUUUAAAUCAAAAUUUUAAUCUAAAAGCCGUGUUACUGUGGACGAUAAGCGACUUUCCGGCGUAUGGCAUGCUAUCAGGAUGGACGACCCAUGGUAAAUUGUCUUGUCCAAUUUGCAUGGAAGAUACAAAGGCUUUUUAUCUGACUAAUGGAAGGAAGACGUGUUGGUUUGAUUGUCACCGAAGAUUUCUUCCUCCUAAUCAUCCACUGAGAAAGAAUAGAAAGGAUUUCUUGAAGGGGAAAAACGCGGUAAAUGAAGAUCCACCUGAUUCUUUAACUGGUGAACAAGUUUAUUCAGAACGAUUAAAGGGUGUCAAUCCUCCAAAAACGUCUGUUUGCGGUGGAAACGGUCAUGAAAAGAAGAAGUCUGGUUAUGGGAAGUACCAUAACUGGCACAAGGAAAGCAUAUUUUGGGAGUUGCCAUACUGGAGGGACCUAAUUCUCCGACAUAAUCUUGAUGUGAUGCAUAUAGAGAAGAAUUUUUUUGACAACAUCAUGAAUACUCUUAUGAAUGUUAAGGGUAAAUCGAAAGACACAAUCAAUUCAAGAUUGGAUAUGGAAAUAUUUUGUGAUCGGCCACACUUACAUCUUGAUGGUUCUGGUCAAGCUCCAUUUCCUCCCUACACACUAAACGAAGACGAAAGGAGAAGUUUAUUGGAAUGCGUGAAACAUGCGGUUAAAUUCCCAGAUGGAUAUGCUUCAAACUUAGCUAAUUGUGUUGAUAUAGAAAACAACAAAUUUUCUGGCAUGAAGAGUCAUGACUGCCAUGUUUUUAUGGAGCGGCUACUUCCAUUUAUCUUUUCAGAACUCCUUGACCAGAAUGUUCAUCUUGCGUUAUCAGCUGUUGGAGGAUUUUUCCGUGACCUUUGCUCGAGAACUUUGCAGAAAAAUCAUGUCCAAAUUCUUAAAAAAAAACAUUGUUAUGAUCAUCUGCAAUUUGGAGAAGAUCUUUCCACCAUCAUUUUUUGACGUCAUGCAACACCUGCCUAUACAUCUCCCAUACGAAGCUGAACUAGGAGGACCUGUGCAAUAUAGGUGGAUGUAUGUUUUUGAAAGGAAUUUCAAAAAAUUGAAAGCAAAAGCCAAG